AUGGCAAGGAUAAAGGUUCAUGAGUUGACGAAAAAGUCGAAGACAAAGCUGCUGGCCCAGUUGAAGGAUAAAAGCCCUAAUAAACCUAACAAUGCAUUGCCUCAAAUAAAAGGUGGAUUUAGUGGCAGCCGUACAAUAACAACAGAUGGACGGAUAGAUGAUGAGGAGUUUGCUGCAAUGAUUAGAAAGGAUGCUGAAGGAUUUGGGGGAGAAGAGCCAUGA